AUGAAGUUGUGGCCAGUUUUGUUGUUGGUGGCUGUGGGAUGGGUGCAUUGUAUGACCGUUGAUAAUGCAAGUACAAAAGCAUUACGAUCGGCAAUUACAUCUGAUGAAUUAGAAAUCACAAUCCGUGAUUUAAAACCAAGAAAAACAGGAAGAACUCUUCCAGAAGUCCUCUUGGCUGUUGAUUUUCCUCAUGCAGCAUAUAGAUUCACAAUUCUUUUGGAUUGGACGUCACAAACAGUUGUUUUGGAAACUACCAGACUUGGCCAAAGCGAGUCAAAACAAGCAUUUGCUCUACCAAACCUGGACACCGAGUUCUUUGUGUCCUCCUUAAUCCUGCACGUCAGGCAGGAGCGUCCUGAUGCCCGAAUUGAAGUAUAUGAAAACUGUGAGCUAAGGGGCACUUUCCAUACCAAUACCACUUUUAGGGACGCCUUUGAAUCAGAGGAUGAUCACAAGAGGGUUGUCAAAGUGUAUCGCGACAGACGAAUGCCCCUAAGUGUUGACGGAGGUACGACCUUACAGAAGGAACUCGCACGAGUUGGUUGCCAGACUUCCAAGGAUGCCGAAUCCUACCAAGAAAUCAUGCAGAUGCAGGCUGAUGGAGUUCCCAACAACAUUAGGCGCGGAGACAUUCCUAUUAUGCAUUCCGAUUGCGAUGAUUUGUUAGUACAAACGCUGAUAGAAUUAAUAGCAGUCGUAAAACAUUUGCGUGGAGAAGUUGAACAACAAAAAGGCGACAUUCAUUGGAUACGCAACAAAUUGGAACAAUGUGAUAUUUGCAAUAGACCAGAACCAGUGUUCAUUGUACAAAUACUGCCAGAGGUCCAAUCUGCGGCCCAUGCCCUCGUGGUUACAUUGGAGAUGGAAGGGAUUGCAGGCCCCGGACUCAAGUGUGAUGACAGACCAUGCUUCGAAAAUGUUCAAUGUUAUGACACUCCUGAAGGUGCACAAUGUGGACCUUGUCCUAGUGGUUACGAAGGAGACGGAAGACAGUGCAGAAGACGUGGAGGUUGCGAAUCACGUCCUUGUAGCGCAGGUGUGCAAUGUGUGGACACUGAUUCAUUCCCAUACUACCGUUGCGGAUCAUGUCCUGCAGGAUUCACUGGAAAUGGAACCAACUGUCGUGAUCUUGAUGAAUGCGACUUAGCCGAGCCGUGCGACCCGUUGACCCGCUGCUACAACCUGUCGCCCGGUUAUCGCUGCGACGCGUGUCCAGCCGGCUAUCGAGGUGGUGCCAUAGAGGGUGUCGGCAUAGAGUACGCAAGACGUAACCGCCAACGCUGCGAGGACAUCGACGAAUGUCAAGACGGAAGAAACGGUGGAUGUGUGCCCAACAGUGAAUGUAUCAAUACGGAAGGUUCCUUCCGUUGUGGCCACUGCAUGCGCGGUUACCAUGGCGACCAGAACAUCGGCUGCCACAAACGCGAUGGUGUCUGCCCUGAUGGUACCGUCUGUGACGAGAACGCAGAAUGUCGCCACAUCGGCGGCGGACGAUACCGCUGCAAAUGCAAGGCGAGUGUUCGAUAUCUCAUGUGCCCACCACACUUGAGAUAG